GUAUUUAUUUAUUUAUUUAUUUGCUUAAAUUGAUGUUGUCUAAUACUAAAUUGGUUUCCUUUUUUUCCCCUUUUUUGGGGUCAAUUUGUGUAUGUAGGUUGGGCACCUCAUGCAUAUUUUUAUAUGACUGAGAUAUCUAUUGAGAUGAAUAAUGACUCUGAGGAUUUGGAGAAUGAAACAAGAACUAAGUAAUUGCUGACUUAAUGAAGUAAAUGGAGAUUGUGUGACACUAACCCAUCGUUUUAUAAUGAGAUGCAAUGUCAAUUUAGCAGUCAUAGCUACAUGAAUCGAUGGCUUUAUCAAUAGAGAAGAAGAGGGGGAAGGGAAGGGGAAGGGAAUCCACCGUUGCUACUUUUUGUCGCGUCCGCUGCUUGUCGUCGUUCGGUCGCUGGAUCUCAUCAUUGCUCCUCGUCGUUCGGUCCUCACCGUUGCUCCUCGACGUCGACGCCAGCAGAUCCGCGAGGGUGGACGUCGUGCACCACUCGUCGUUUCUGCUUCUCUUCCUCGUUUGUUCGCCGAUCGUCGCUGCUCCUCGUCGGUCGCUGCUGCUCCUCGUCCUACUUGCCGGUUGUUGUUCUUUUAUUGUUGUUGUUCUUCUGCUUCUGGUUGCUUUUAUUGUUGUUGUUCAAGAGGACAUGAUUGGACCAAUGAAAUCCAACAACAAAUUCCUCUAAUUAAUUUUUCAAUGACAAAUCCCUCGAAGAGCCUUGUUGCUUCUGUUUCUUCUGAUUUUGAUUUUGAUUCUGUUCUUUGAUUUCAUUAUUCCUCUGAUUCUGAUUUAUUCUGUUUCUAAUUUUUU